UGGCUUUGCAAGAAAGAAAAGACUCGGAUCCAUCCAGCGCCUUCGCUUCGGCGGUGACCCAUCCGAUCCGACCCAAAAAAUCGAAACCCUAGCCCUCACAGCGCCGCCGUAAAUCUUAAACCCCCGGCUCGCCGUCGUCGGCGGCGGCGGCCAUGGCGUUCACCGGCAGGAUCAAGCAGCUCAUGAAGAAGUACGGCAAGGUGGCCGUCGGAGUCCACAUCUCCGUCUCCUGCGCCUCCUUCGCCGGUCUCUACGUCGCCAUCAGCAACAACGUCGACGUCGACGCCCUCUUCCGCAGGGUCGGCAUCUCCCCUGGCGUCGGGGUUGAGGCCCCGCCCGACUCCGCCCCCGCCCCCGCCGCCCACGACGAGGCCCGGCGCGACGCCGCCCUGCCGCCCAGACCCCACGAGGUCCCGCACGAAGCGGCGGAGCAGGAGCGGCCGCACAACCGGACGGCCGAGCUGGUGGCGUCUAGCGGCGGCGCGCUCGCCCUCGCCCUCAUUUGCAACAAGGCGCUGCUCCCCGUGAGGAUCCCCAUCACCAUUGCGCUCACGCCGCCCAUUGCCAGGGCCCUCAACCGCUGGAAGCUCGCCAAGACCUGAGCCGUGAGUCCACCGCUUCGAAUUCCUCUCUGCAACUCGAGUAUCAGAGUCAAAAUUUGAUGCGACCUUCACCCCUACUGUAGGAUAAUUUGUGUGAGAGGUUUAAUUUGCCAGAGGUUUUGUCGAAUAAUAGUGUGUUCUGGAUGCAAUUGAGAUUGGUAACUUUGCAGUGGAUGGGAUUGUGAAGCUGGAUUCUAUUUUGGAAGCAUGAAUUUGGAAAGGAGAAAUCAAUCGUCUUGGUUUGUUA